AUGGAGGUGCAAAAGGAGGCGCAACGCAUCAUGACCCUGUCGGUGUGGAAAAUGUACCACUCGCGCAUGCAGCGCGGAGGGCUGCGGCUGCACCGGAGCCUGCAGCUGUCCCUGGUCAUGCGGAGCGCCCGGGAGCUCUACCUCUCGGCCAAAGUGGAAGCCCACGAGCAGCCCGAGGUGCCCUCGCCAGCCGCCCGCUCCCCUGACCCUCGCCUGCACCCACCGCGGGAAGCACCAGCCGCAGCGGAAGCAGCGUCCACUGACGGUGAGCAGCCCUGCCCGGAGCCCAUGGACACUCAGGAGGCGCCGGCGGCCGAGGAGACCCCCGCCCGCUGCGCCGCGAGACCCGCCAAAGUCAGCCGCAAGCGGCGGAGCAGCAGCCUCAGCGACGGCGGGGAUGCCGGACUGGUCCCGAGCAAGAAAGCCCGCCUAGAGAGGGAGGACGCGGAGGAAGGGGGGGAGCCUUCGGAGGUCCCCGAUCGCCUGCGGGCCCCUCCGGCGCAGGCGGAAGGUGCCUUCCCCAACCUGGCGCGGGUGCUCCAGCGGCGCUUCUCCGGCCUCCUGAACUGCAGCCCCUCCGCGCCCCCGACCGCGCCGCCGCCGCCGGCCUGCGAGAAGCCGGCCUGCCGCGCGGCGGACAGCAUGCUCAACGUGCUGGUGCGGGCCGUGGUGGCGUUCUGA